GACCCGUGAUCGGUUACUGUGUUGUUUCACUGAAAUUCUUAUAUAGAAAUUUACCAUAAAACUGAUCAGAGAUCAGAAAAUGGGUGCUGCCCGAAGCCGGUGUGUAACGGCUAAAUAUGACCCGACGUAAUAACGCGGAACCUUCGUGCGUAGCAAGUUAUUGCUCCACGGACAAAAAUAGUGUGACAAACAAGCGUUGGUUGCAAAGUGCCGCUGCUUUCUUCUUUUUUCCACCUCAGUAACGCGGAAAAUGUUCCGAUCAUUCAAUCGCUGUUAAUUUUGUGUUAGACUGUGAUAUUCACAGAUGCAGUUAUGGGAGUUCACGGACUGUGGAGGCUGCUGGAGAGCACAGGACGACCCAUCAACCCCGAGACCCUGGAGGGGAAGAUCCUCGCUGUCGACAUCAGUAUAUGGCUGAACCAGGCAGUGAAGGGGGUCAGGGACCGGGACGGUAACAGUGUCCAGAACGCCCACCUCCUCACUCUCUUCCACCGCAUCUGCAAGCUGCUCUUCUUCCGCAUCAGGCCAGUGUUUGUGUUUGAUGGAGAUGCCCCGCUGCUGAAGAGACAGACUCUGGCUCUGAGGAGGCAGAGGAAAGAGGAGCUGAAUCAGGAGUCCAAACAGACCAAUGAGAAACUCCUCAAGACUUUCCUGAAGAGACAAGCUAUCAAAGCUGCUCUUGGAGACCGCAGUAAAGAUCCUCUACCCAGCCUCUCCACCGUGAGGAGAGAUGAGGUGGACGACAUGUAUGUCCUGCCGGCCCUGCCAGCUGCAGAAGACAAAGACAAAAGCAGUUCAGAGGAGGAGCAGGAGGAGAAAGAGAUGGAGGAGACGGAUGAUGGUUAUUACAUGUAUCAGGGAGAAGCGUAUGAAGACCCCAACUCUGUGGACAUCAACUCUGAGGAGUUUGCCAGCCUGCCUCCUGAAAUGAAACACGAGAUACUCAAAGACAUGAAAGAGUUCUCAAAAAGACGUCGGACCAUGUACCACAAACCCCCAGAGCGGUCAGGAGACUUUUCGCAGUACCAGCUGGCGGGGCUUCUGCAGAGGAACCAGCUGAAUCAGCGUCUGGAGGGUGUGGAGAAAGAGAUGAGCCAGCGGAGUGCCGGCGGCGCUCCUCAGCUCUACCAGGAGGACGGGGAGCAGCAAAGUCACAGCGUGGAGUCACAGCGACUGGUUUCAGAAGACUAUUCCCACUACAUCCUUAUCAAAGGCUCCAAAAAGAGUGAGACCGCCCCAGACAGCCAACCUGCAGCUGCUCCCUGGUCCGGCAGCUCCCUGACAGGCUGCAGAAGACGAGCAGCGGACAGACCCGAGCCCCUGUGGCGUCCUUGUGACGAAGAGUCAGAAGUGCAAAGUCCCUCCUCAAAAGUCUCCAAACCCUCUGUCUCAAAACCGUCUCUGCAAGACGCAUCACCACCCUCGCCUCGGACACUCAAGGCGAUCCAGGCUGCGAUGAAUGACAGCUCAGACGAGGAGAAGGUGGACCAGGAUAAGACGGACGGCAGUGUGUCCCCUCGCACUCUGCUGGCAAUCCAGCGAGCUCUAGCUGAAGAGGAAGACGGCGCUGCUGAACACAUAUCUCUAAUCAGCAGGUCGCCCACCAAACCGCAGGCAGAUAUUCGCCAUCCUGUUCCACAAGUGGUCAUCAGCAGCUCAGAGGAAGAGACAGAUCACGUUCAUGUGAAUUCUUUGCCUCGUGAAAACUCUGAUUUUAAGAGAAACCAAACAGGUCAAAGUUUUCAUGUAAAAGACAGUUUGUUUGCAAGUAGUUCUGAAGAUGAGCUGGAGGACGUGAUCGGUCAGAGAAAUAAAGCACUUCGCUUUGCUGCAAUUCAGAAACCUCAUGAGACAGAGAUAAGGUCAGAGGAGGAGAGAAAGAGAGGACAGCUGACGGAGGAUGAGAGGACAGGCAGUGAAGGACUGACGGAGAAACAGGAAGAGCUGAGGGGAAGAGAAUCAGAGCAUGGAGCGAUCACAAACUCACAGGAGGCUCCUGCUUCCAUCCGAAACAUAUUAUCCACUAAUCUCGCUGCUCAGCUACGUGGAAAACCUGCAGAGACUGAAAUUCAUAACCAGGCGACUGGAGCUCUAGAGGAGACAAGUAGAGAUGAUGUGAAGUCGGAGGGCAGUGAGGAGAGCGAGUCAGAAGAGAGCUUCAUCGAGGUGUCAGAGGAAGAACUUAAAGAAGAGGAUGAAGAUGAUUCACUUGUAGCGACAGAAGAGAAAGGAUCUCCAGAUGAGGUCCGUAAAGAAGAGACUGAGCAGGAAGAAAAACCAGGUGAAGGUUUGACAGAAGCUCCACCUGCUGCUUCCAAAUCAGAGGAGGAAGACAACAAAAACACACAGACUGGAGAGAAAGAGUCAAAGGAGGGAACACAGACAGAAUCCAGCUCGACUCCAGCGAUCAGUGAAUGGGAACACUUUGAUAUGGAGGAGCUGGAGGCUCUGGAGAGCUCCCUGCAGGUGGAGCAGAGCAGCCUGAGGGAGCUGAAGCAGCAGCAGGAGCGCAUGGCGAACACAGUCACUGGACAGAUGCAGCUGGAGAGCCAGGAGCUGCUGCGGCUGUUUGGCGUGCCGUACCUGGUGGCACCGAUGGAGGCUGAGGCUCAGUGUGCAGCUCUCGACCGCGCCGACCACACAAACGGGACCAUAACGGAUGACUCAGACGUGUGGCUGUUUGGAGGGCGCCACGUCUACAAGAACUUCUUCAGCCAGAACAAAUAUGUAGAGCACUACCAGUACAGUGACCUACAGAACCAGCUGGGUCUGGACAGGACUAAACUGAUAAACCUGGCUUACUUGCUCGGAAGUGACUACACAGAGGGCGUGCCGGGGGUGGGAUAUGUCACUGGCAUGGAGAUACUGAACGAGUUCCCAGGGCCGGGCUUGGAGUCGCUCACACAGUUCAGUGAAUGGUGGGCAGAGGCUCAGCAGAAAAAGCGGCUGGUGGCUGAUCCUCGCGACACAAAGGUUAAGAAGAAAUUGAGGGACCUGAAACUGCAUCCUGGGUUCCCGAACCCUGCUGUGGCUGAGGCUUACCUGAAUCCUGCUGUGGACCAGUCAGACAGCUUCUUCAGCUGGGGGCGCCCGCAACUCGACAUGAUCAAAGAAUUUUGUCUGAAUCGUUUUGGGUGGAGCAGUCGGAGGACGGAGGAGACUCUUCAGCCUGUGAUCAAGCAGCUCAACACCCAGCAGACUCAGCUGCGAAUCGACUCGUUCUUCCGCAUGGAGCAGCAGGACAAGCAGACGAUCCACAGCCAGCGACUCCGCAGAGCCGUCACCUGCAUGAAGAGAAAGGAGAGAGAAGGAGGAGAGGAGGAAGAGGAGGACAGUGAGGAGGAAAUGCCAUCCCCUAAGAAAGGCAAAGCAGCGAACAAGAGUCCGAAGAAAGGAGGAGAGAGAACGGAGGAGAGGCGUGUGGUAGGAGGAGGGUUUCUGGGGUCGGAGGUGAUCGCUGAGCCUCCUCUUACAUCUCUGAAGGAUGUGAGCAGCCGGGAAUCUCCCUCAGUAAAGGCCGUCCCUCCGUCCACUCAAACUGUACCUCAGAGGGCGAAGAGGAGCAGCAGCAGCUCUGGUGAGGACAGCGAUGAUGGUAUGGAUGUUGCUAUGGUUACAGCCCGAUCUGUGUUCGAGGGCAGCAGACGAGGUCGUGGAGCGAAAAACACAAGAGGGAGCGGAAGCAUGAGAGGAAAGGGACGGGGAAAGAAAAAGUGAACUUCAAACACACAGUUUUCAUGAAUUAUCCAAACAGUUUUUAUAUAAACCUUGAAACAUGGUCACAAACUCUCAAAUAAUAUCUGUGAUAUUAUAUUUGAUAUUUAUAAGCUAAAUGUGUCAAUGAACUCUGAUGAAUUAAGCUCGUUUUGUAAACUGCUGAUGUGCCUGAAAAUAUUUUUUUAACCUGUUCAGAAGUAUAUCUGUGAAAGGAAUAACAAUAUUUUG